AUGGCAUUGUCUGUCUGACGCCUGCCUGUGUGGUUGGAUUGUUAAGGGCUGUGAAAUUUCCUGUGUGUAACUCUCUGCUGCUGGUAUUGCUCUGUGACUUCAUUUGAAAUGGUGCAACAGGCAUGAAAAGCUUGCUUCUCUCCAUCUGCAGAUCAGGAAUAAUAUGGAUAUCUACAGCAGGUUUCAGCGCCCCCCCUGCUGUUUGUGGAUCGUUUGGCUGCUGCUCUGUGUCCCCCAAGUGUCUUUGGCAUCAUACCAAGAUCGGGGAAAAUGGUAUUCUGUCUCUGCUCCGUACACACGGUACAUAUGCCCUCAGGGCGAGAGUGUGAACCUCACAUGCACCAUCACUGGAUCCAUGACUGAGAAACAUGACCAUCUCUUAUCAUUCUGGCACUUCAGUAAGGAAAGAAACCCAACCUGCUCUCAAAGACGGAAUGCAACAGGGAAAGAUCACCACUCUGGGCACGACCUUCACAUCUUGCACAGCAGAGAAUUCCACUUAAACCUGCAUAAUGUGUCUCACAUAAACAGCGGUGACUACUGCUGCCAUGUACUAGUGACCUUUAAUAAGCACCCCAGACACGAAUCUCACAGCUACAUGCAGCUUGACGUGAAAUCAGAUGAUCCAAAUCUUCGGAGCUGCAUCUUUCAAUCUUCUCCUUCUGAAGAUGAUAAUGGGACAGCAGCAGCACUGGCAAUCGUGUCCUGUGUAAUUGGUGUCCUGUGUUUGCCUCUCAUACUUUUCCUCGUUUACAAGCAAAGAAAAGCAGUCAGCAAUCGACGAGCACAGGAACUUGUUAGAAUGGACAGUGAUGCCCAAGGAAUUGAAAACCCAGUCUUUGAUGAUCCUCCUGGUGGAAGCAUCACUGGAACCAAUGAGCAAAGGCCCAGGUUGAUUUUCAUGGCCAGUCGCCAACAGUCAGAAUCAGGCCGCCACUUGCUCUCUGAACCCAACACUCCUCUGUCACCACCAGGACCUAAUGAGGUGUUCUUUCCAGCACUAGAACCAGUUCAAGACUCCCCCGACCCUGUGGACACCUAACAUUGUUUGCCAAGGCGAUUCCGGCAAGCCUACAUGUUAAUAAGCAAUAUAGACUUUGGCAGAAGGAUGUAAAUACUUGUUGUCUGCCCACGCAAGAACAGUCAAGCAUGCGGACAUUACUACUCUUAUGGUUUGGCUGAAGUGCAACAGAUGUGGACAGUUAUUGUUGUUGUAAAUACCUACCGCUUUAUGAAAACCAAGAAAAGAAAUGCACCAUUGAUUAACUGGGCAAUUAUAGUGGCAUUGGUAUUCUGGUCAGUCCUUAAACUUUUUCUAACCAAAAAAAAAGAAUUAUUUUUUUUACAAAAUGUAUUUCAAAGUAUUGUUAUAUCUGUUGAUUUUAUUAUUAUUAUUUUCUUUUUACUUUCAUGUUUCCAUAUGAAUGUUUAGCUUUCAGUUUUAUAUUUUACAAAAUGGUCUUAAAUUAAAGAGGCACUUCAUGCAUCAGAUAAACAAUCAUGAAAAUUAUAAUCCAGAUUUCUUUUUUGUACAUGGUGAUGGCUAGUGUGUAGGUUAGGGGGAAAAUAAAACGUUGUGCCGUAUCUCUACCUUCCUGUCCAUUUCACUUCUAGUGUGAAUUGUUGAAACCUUCUAAAAUGUAGUGCCACACAAUCUCCUGGUUCUUCCACAAGUUUGAGAAACAAGUUUCCUUAGAAGCAUUUCCUAACUUUCUUUUGAAAAUGAAAACUAAAGAAAAAGAACGUUGUCCUAUAUUUAAAGGAUUUUUUUUUUUUUGCCAUAGUAGACUAGUAGUAGACCGAAACAUUUUAAUUAGGUCUAACAAGUUUACACAGACUCGUUACUUAGAAGAUAAACAACUUGAAUUUUAAGCAAAAUGUUGUUGUGAAAAAAUAUACUUAUUGUUUGAAUUCUCUAAUUCAUUUGCUGUAGUAUGUUUUCCAUUUUCAUAUUUUUUUUUUGUAAGUUUUUUUUUUUUUUUUAAAUAGAGCCAAAAAGAUACAAAAUGUGUCGUGAAUUCCUGAUGUGCUGGUCUCUACAGCUGAAGCUGGUGAUCCCAGCUGAUGAGAAAGCUCAAGUUUCAGAUAAGAAAGGGAAGAACUUGCCUUUUCCGCAUCAUAGCCCUUCCGUAGCUUACUUGUGUUAUUAGAGGGGGAAACCGUUCUGAAGGCCCAUCUGACUUGUUCUCUCCUGUUUUAGUGGUCUAUAUUAUCAAUUGAAAAAAAAAGUUGGCAUGAGAACUAGCAACUCAAAGUCUAGGUUUAAACUCCUCCAAUAUGUUUCAUUGAGGUAUCUACAGUGAGUAUACAGUCCUACCUUAGAGUAGGAGGUCCAGACAUGGAAUGUAAGUGCUCCAAACAUGUGGUUGUGUUCAGUCAGUCCUUCCUUCCACUGUUGGUAUUCACAAACAAGGUCCUUCUUUGCACCUAAAUCUAAAUGCAUGUUGGUUUUAUUCUCAUUUACUGAUUGCGUUAUAGUUUGCGCUACCUUUUGUAGGGGGCAGUUUUAUUUUUACAGGAACCCGGGCUCGAAGGGAAAUCUGGUCACUUAAUUUUAUAGAUGGUAUUCUUGCCUUAAAACAUUUAGCAACCAGUUUGGUCAGAAACCAUUUCAAAAAAACAAAACAAAACAAAAAAACAUAUUUAAUUUCCUAUAAAAAUGUUUUUUUACAAAGCCAAACCCAUGUAAUGCUCUGUAUCUUGGUAUCUUCUUAUAUAUUGUUUGUUUUAAUUUUAUGGUCAAGAAUAUGAAUAAAGUAAAUUAAAA